AGGACAAUUUGUAUAAUAUUUUACUAUUUUUUUUUGGAAUUAUGCAUGUAAUAACAGCACAAAAUACAAAUAAUGACAAACGAUUCCUUUCUUCUGGAAAUCAUUAUACAAGUAACCAUGUUGAAGACGACAAUAACGGUAAUGAAUCAGACUCAGACGAAGCCUCACAAGACGACAUCAACGAUUUGACACAUCAUUUUUUGUUGGAAUGUGACGAACAUAUUUGUUCCAAAGAAACUUGUAAAAGGAUUACCCUAAAUGUAAGCGGCCUAAGAUUUGAGACACAAGUUCGAACACUUAAACGACUGCCAGAUACAUUACUUGGCAACGAUGAAAAACGCAAAAAAUUUUGGGAUCCAAACAGAGGUGAAUAUUUUUUCGACAGACAUCGACCUAGUUUCCCUGCUAUCUUGUUCUUCUACCAAAGUGGUGGUAGACUUGUUAGGCCUAUGGAAGUUCCUACGGAUGUCUUUCUCGGGGAAAUACAGUUUUUUGAAAUGGGGAGAAGUGUAAUAAAUUCUUAUAUGAAAGCCGAAGGAUUCAUAACGGAGACUGAAAACCAUGUUAUGCCAAAAGGCAGCCUGAGUAAAAAAGUAUGGGAAUUUCUUGAGUAUCCAGAAACAUCAGUUGCUGCUAAAAUCUUUGCAGGUGUCAGUGUAACAUUUAUUGUGUUAUCUACUGUAUCUUUUUGCGUUGAAACAUUACCAAAGUAUAAACAUGUUGGUUGUAUAAAUGUCACAACGUUGGAUUCCAAUGGAGUAAAGUCGAAAAAGUUAGUUCCUAAUUUUGGCCACCCACUUUCAGUCAUCGAAUCUGUAGUUAUAGCUUGGUUUGUAUUAGAACUGAUACUCCGUUUCAUCUUUUGUCCCUCGCGUAUUGCUUUUCUAAAGAAUCUUAUAAACUGGAUUGAUGUUGCAGCCAUCUUACCAUACUUUGUAUAUCUAUUCAUGUAUGCUGCUUCCGGGAAAUGUAAGGGCGAACAGGAUACAAUGGCGGUAUUGCGUGUUCUUCGUGUUACCAGAAUUCUUAAACUGAGCAAACAUUCGGAAGGACUUCGGAUCUUAGGAAAAACUUUAAAAACAAGUAUGAAAGAAUUAUUUAUGUUUGUACUGUUUUUAGGGAUUGGAGUUAUUAUAUUUUCCGGUGCGAUGUUUUAUGCAGAAGAAUCUAUUGAAAAUACACAAUUCACAAGCAUUCCUGCUACAUUUUGGUGGGCAGUCGUUUCUAUGACAACGGUUGGUUAUGGAGACAUGUAUCCAGAAGGCGUUCUAGGAAAGCUUGUCGGAAGUAUGACUGUGCUGAUGGGACUUCUAGCAAUUGCACUCCCAGUACCUGUUAUUGUUACAAAUUUUAAUAACUUUUACCGAUCUGCUAAAAAUAAUUAGUGAGCUUAUUUUUACAAAAUAGAGAAAGUAUGAUACGGUAACUAUUUUAGCCAUUGAAUUCGUCUAAACAAAAGUAUUAUAAGUCUAUCAAAUAUCAUCCGAUGUUCACAAUUAGUAUUUCAAAAGUUAGUAUUUUAGUUUUUGACAUUAAAAGUAGUGUGAAUCUUAUAAUGAUGUAUUCCCCUUUUAAAAACUCAAUAUCAUAAAUAUUUGACUGAGACAUGAAAAGUUAUAUAGGAAUAGAAUUUACGUACAUGCAGAGUAAUUCUUUGUUCGAUUGUUUUUUUUUUAAUAAACAAACAACUUAGAAUAAAGCAUCCCCUUUUUUUAAAGAUAGAACAUUUCACUACAAACAAUGUAGUUUUAGAAAUUUAUCCCUAUAUACCAUCGAUUUUUGUAACUUUGUAAUAUUCCCAAUUCUGAACUGCUGGAUUUGCUAAGAAUUGCUUAUAGAUUGUGUCCAAACCAUGCAAACCAUUUAAUCAUAGUACUUCUAAGAUAAUUUUAAUAACAAUUAUUUAACAGCACAAAUACAUGAGAAAUAGUGGAGAUACAACACUACAAAAAUAUUUUUCUCUUAACUAACUAAAUUGUGGAGAUAGAACCGUGUAGUUCUGACAAAAACUCGUAGAGUGUAGAAAUAUCGUAUUAUAGUUGUAUAGGGAGAUAGACCAUUGCACUUGGAUCUCAAAUAUAUAGUUUUCUCCAUUUUUAUCAAAAGUAAACAUAAAACAUUAUAAGAUUCACACGACGAAAAUGUGUCUUAGGCCCACAAGAUCUUAAAAUUAUUUACAACUGAUAUAAACAAAAACCUUCCAAAAAAGAAAUUUUGCUGCACGAUGUCCUGUAGAGAGAUGUUUAUAUGGAUAAAACACCAUUUUUGAUAAGGCUGUAAAAUGACCAUUUUAGCGCAAACAUGUCACAUUCGUCGUUUAGGUAUCACAACUAAGGUUUUUUCAUAAAUAUGUCCAGGUUAUAUCCUCGUUUCAAUAUAUACAAGAUUGAAGAAUUUUACUAUUUUUGCAAUUUCAGGGGUUAAAUGACGACUCUUACCUCCUUCCUUGAAUUUCGUAUACAACUUUAUUUUUAAUUAUGCAAUCGUUUUUGAAAUAGCUCAUAGCUCAACCAGUCCUUAAAUUAUAGAGACUUUCUGUAAUUUCUUAAUUAACAAAAAAUGUAACUUCUCCAUGUACUUAUUUUAUAUUCAUGGAAUUAGUAUCUUUUUACCCCAGAAUUUCAUAUUUGCAAAAACUCACGAAAAAUACACGAAUACUUAUCCAUUUUCUUCUUGUGUACAUUUGCAGUCUAAUAUCUUACAAGAAAAAAAGACAGUUUAUGGAAUUGGGUUUAUUGUUAAUAUUGUUUAUCAUAUAAUGAUAAUAAUAAAAAAAAGUACA